CCAGCCACUGAAUUAUCUCUACAAUCACAUUUUUCAUUUCCUCACUAAAUUAUCCAUUUCAUUCUUAGCAUCUCCACAGCACCAACACAAUCUAAACCCUUUAUUCCCAAUUUUCCGCCGUUCCCCGCGCGAACACAAUCAACCCACCGAUGAAUAGAAGCUUCUCUCUCCGGUAAGCGAUGGCGAGACUCGCUCACCCUCUCAGUAUCUUCACACAACCCCAUUACUGGCGCCCACUUCUGUGUUGCCACUACUUCAAACGUACCCUAACUGCUGGUACUAACUUCUCCUCCCUCACUACAUUAGCUCGAACGGACAAAUCACAAGAGGGAGGAACAACCACGGUUAAGCUUUCAAUCAAAGCGAGAAGAAAGGCUUUCUAUGAAUCUCCUGAAGGGGUCUUAUUGCGUAAGUUAAACCAGUGCUCAAACGAGGGAGAUGUUGUUCAAGCCCUUUGCCACUAUGAUGAGGCUAGAAAAUUGGGGGUUGUACUCAACCUUGAUCACUAUAACAAUUUGCUAUACUUAUGUUCUAUUGAAAAUGCUGAUGUUGCCCAAAUGGGCCUCAAAAGGGGGUUUGAGAUAUUCCAGCAGAUGUUGAAUGAUCGAGUUCAGCCCAAUGAAGCCACCUUUACCAAUGCUGCUAGGCUUGCUGCUGCCAAGGAAGAUCCCGAUAUGGCUUUCGAAUUACUAAAGCAGAUGAAGAAUGUUGCUAUUGCUCCCAGGCUAAGAUCGUAUGAACCAGCUUUGUUUGGAUUUUGCAAGAGGGGUGAUGCUGAGAAAGCUUAUCUAGUUGAUGCUGACAUGAUUGAGUCUGGUAUUGUGGCUGAAGAGCCUGAGCUUUCUGCUCUUUUGGAAGUCAGUGUCAAAACAAAGAAGGAAGACAGGGUAUAUGAGAUUUUGCACCGUUUGCGUGCUACUGUGAGACAAGUAUCUGAAUCAACUUCACUGAUAGUUCAGGACUGGUUCAACUCAGAAUAUGCUGCAAAAAUUGGAAAGGAGAAGUGGGAUGUGAAUAAAGUGAGGGAAGGGAUUCUUCAGGGAGGUGGAGGAUGGCAUGGUCAAGGGUGGCUUGGGAGUGGGCGAUGGAAGAUGGUGGAGACUCAGGUGAACGAGGAUGGUGUGUGUGUCUCGUGUGGCGAGAAGCUUGUGAGCAUUGAUAUUGAUCCAAAAGAGACCGAAACCUUUGCUGCCUCAUUAUCUAAAUUAGCUUGCCAAAAAGAAGCCAAGGAAAACUUUGUUCAUUUUCAGAAGUGGCUUGAGCGGCAUGGCCCAUUUGAUGCUGUUGUAGAUGGUGCAAAUGUAGGCCUUUCCAAUGGGCAUAAUUUCAGCUUUUCGAGGCUUAAUACUGUUGUUAAACAAUUACGUCAAAUAAGCCCUUCCAAGAGGUUGCCCCUUAUAAUUUUGCAUGCAAGCCGGGUAUAUGGUGGUCCUGCUCAAAAUCCAAAAAACAGGAGACUUAUAGAAAAUUGGAAAAAAAAUGGUGCUCUUUAUGCUACACCUCAAGGUUCAAAUGAUGACUGGUACUGGUUAUAUGCUGCUGUUAGUUGUAAAUGCUUACUGUUAACAAAUGAUGAGAUGAGGGACCACUUGUUUCAGCUACUUGGUUCUAGUUUUUUCCCGAGAUGGAAGGAAAAGCAUCAGGUUCGAGCAUUAACCUCAACUUCUGGAGGCUCCCUAAUAAUGCCUCCAUGUUAUUCUAUAGUUAUUCAGGAAUCAGCCAAUGGUAGCUGGCACGUGCCAACUGUAACUAGUGAUGAUCCUGAGAUCCCAAGGAAAUGGUUGUGUGCCACAAGAUCCAAAAACAAUUCAUUGCAUAGAUAUGGACAUCCUCCUCCAAGUCUGACUGAUUGCACAUGAGGGAGGCAUAUCUUCAUCUUCUUGGUUUGUUUUCAGUAUUCAUUCCAGUUUUUUCUCAUCUUGAGUUGUUGUUCCUAGCAGCUGUGAUGAACUUAAUGCAUAGGAUGUAGAGCUGCUACCAUUUUCCCUUCUUUAUUCUGUAAUUUAUAUAUAUAUUUUUGGCUCAAUUGUUUUUCCUUUAGUUCCAGGCUGCCCAAAAAGGAAGAAAGCUUCUCCAUCCUUUUAAAAUAUUUUUAAAAUUUCCUUAAUAGCUGAUAGCCACCAGUAUUCACAAUUAUUGUCGGUGAAGCUGAUUUGUCCCAUGUAUUUUUUUUCAAGAUCCUUAGGUCAAGUAGCAUUUAGUUACUUUAGGAACCGAUUCAGUCUAAUACAUCCGGAACAAAGGAUAACUUCUGCUGUGGUAGCAUAUUUUUGCCUGAAAAAACAUACUGGUAUAUUUGGUGUUAGUAAUCACUAUUUGGGUCAUUGGGUUCAAGAAAAGAAUGUAUGACGAGAUUUAUACUAAUCCUUGCUUUUUAUGCAUGACGAAACAUUGAGAAAA